AUGACAGAUCCUCAAACAGGACAAUCUCGUAGAUAUGGAUUUGCCCGAUUCCGUCAGCAACGGGAUCAAUUUCAGGCAUUGGACGAAAUGCAAGGCUGUAUCAUCGGCAAUAGGCCUAUUCGAGUGUCAGCAGCAACCCCUAAACUCAGCUGUACACUGCCAAGCACAUCACCACCACUGCUACCGCGACAGCCAGCAAACCAUGUCAACACCACCGUCUUUGUGGGUGGGUUGUCAUGUCCCUUGAAAGAAGAGGAACUGAGACAAUACUUUGAGAUAUUUGGUGAGAUUGUCUACGUCAAGAUACCACCAGGCAAGGGCUGUGGGUUUGUUCAAUUUGUAUCGAGGCAGUCUGCUGAAGUAGCCAUGGAAGAAAUGAACGGUUAUCAAAUUGGAUCUUCACGCAUCCGAUUAUCGUGGGGAAGAUCACACCAACAUAAUAUCCAGCAGCAGAGGCCAUCUCUUUUGGAGUACAAUCAAGCAAGAUCUCUAGACGAUAUGCUACUGUCCUCUCUUUACAAUAAGAGGCGCCUACCACAAACGCACCAACAACAAGCAUUGAGCCCUUUUGAUGACGAUGGUGUAUUUGAUACCAGCUUCACCCGCAUGACGGACCUUCAGCAGGCAAAUACCAACAAGACCAUCAAUACAAGCGUGCUUUGGGCAAUAGACCUAAAGCCCAUCUUUGCACAAGCAAUCUGA